AUGACAAGUUCAAAGCUGACAUUUCAAAAAAAUAAUAAAGAAACAAGUUCACCACGUUCUUCUACCACAAAAAGUCUCAAAAGACUACUUCAUCACGUACCAGUACCGCCAAAUACAACUACCAACAAGCGUAUUAAACCUUGUCAAAGAAAAAAAACUGGAUUGAUCCUUUUGUGCAUUGGCCAUGAUGCGAAAGAUUGUAAAAGCAGUAUUCGUGAACCCCCAUUUAAGCAAGGAUAUGUUACACUAGAACAACUUUUAAAAUCAUUUGGUAGAGUCAAAGAUUGA